UUACUCCCGCAACACGACUGGCGCUAUGGCUUGUGCUCGUUAAAUACGGUUCCACCCACAGCCAGCCAGGAGAGGACUGAGUCAGUCAGUCCGGAGCCAGCUGGUAGUAGAUAGCUAACGGUGUCUGAGUCAUCUGUCUUUAAUUGAAGACUAGAAGACUACCCUGAUCUCUGUGUGCAGAUGGACGCGAUUUUAAAUUGCAAAGCAGAGGAUUUGGAGGACUAUUACGGUUUGCUGGGGUGUGAUGAGUUGUCUUCGUCUGAACAGAUCCUUGCUGAAUACAAAGUGAGGGCCAUGGAGUGUCACCCAGACAAGAAUCCUGAUAAUCCCAAAGCAGUCAGUGAUUUUCAGAAGUUACAGGAGGCCAAAGAGGUUCUGACCAAUGAAAACACAAGGAAUAAUUACAACCUUUGGAGACGCAGUAAAAUAACAAUACCAUUCCGUGACUGGCAAGCCCUUGGCGACUCAGUCAAAACUUGUACCAUUUCUCAGUCAAUGCAUUGGGCUGUGAAGACCAGGAAGGAGCCAAUGCUGGAGGACUCAAAGGACACGCCCUUACUCAGCCCACAGGACGCAGUCUGUCAGAGCGAGGAGCCAGCCUCAGAAAUGCAAUUUCCUGAAACCGUAAACACUCCAAGUGAGAACUACAGCCAUUUGCAUUUCCGUUGGGCCGCUGGCACUCCGUCUGUUCUUUUAAGGAAAUUCAGAAAUUAUGAAAUAUAAUCUUCUGAUGAUAAGAAUAGGCCAUUUUCUGUGCUGCUUGACCUUAUAGACAUAAUACACUGACAUGACACCUGGUGUAUUUGCAUAAAUUAGAAAGCAGUUCAGUUUAAUUUAUUCUGUUUCCAUUGUCAGUUUGUGAAAAGAAAUAGUAGUGGUUUAUUAAGUGUUGUGGAAAAAUAAACGAGGGUCAUGUCUUGAGUGCCAUAUCUGGUCCCUUCUGACGUGACCAACUGGGCACUUGUCUUCAUUAUUGUAAUGUGUUCUGUGUUCAGUGUUUAAAGUUGUAACCCGUGAUAGCAGUUUUAACAAGUCAUGGUUUUUGUCCUGAAAAUUAUUAUUAUUUAUUAUAUUAAAAUUCUUAUUCGUAAUGAUGUCCAAGUGACUUAGAUCGGUAUCAGGUUUACAGGAUGAAUGCUUUUAGUACAGUGUGGUAGUGGUGAGGGAAACGCAUCUGUGGCAGGUGUUUUCAAGUUAAUUCUGAUGUGGGAUGCAAGUGAGUAAUCUUAUAAGUAUUUAACUGACUGCACUGGUCCACUGAAAGAUUAUACAGAUUGGGAUUGGUAGCAUCUAAAAUGUGUUAGAGAUGCCAGAAAGAUCAUUUACGUUAUGUAGUUUCUUGUAGAUUAUAUAUUUUUAUAGUUCUGUAGCUGCUGUCGACUAGCACCCUUUUGGCAGGAGUUUAUAGAAGUGCAGAAGUAUUGGACACUUCAGGAUGACAAACUCUUCAUCGUUCAUUCCUGAAUAAUUCUGAGGACAAAGGUGACUAGUGAUGUUCAUUCAUGCAUUAAUGCCUUUAUUGUCUUAAAUGAGUGCCACUGUCUACAACCAGGAGAAUACUUUUUAGACACUACGGAUGACAGUGCAUCAAAAUAUUUUAAAUUUUACAUACAGAUACUGCUAUGACAAAGAAAUAAAGAGAUUGUUGGAGAUUUUUUUGCCUGUGAAAGUGAGGGGAGGGAUGGAUUCUGGGUUGCUGGGUUUUUUUGUUUUAGAUUUUUUUUGCUAUCAUACAUGUGUGUAAAUGUUUAUAAUGCAUUCUGAAAUGUAAAAAAUAAAGAAUUUAACUGGAA